CAGUUCAGUUCAGUUCAAGUUCGCGUCUCGAGCGGUUAAGUUUUCGAUUUGACGCGUCGAGAUAACCCAGCGUUUCACUCACACACAUAACGCAUUAGCUGCAGGAUCAGCAUUAACACAUAAAGGAUUUACAAGGAUAUACUUAUCUAAGAGGAUAAUGCUUUUGUGCUGCUUCGGUUACUGUGAAGUUGUUUACUAAAAGUGUCUGAAAAUCGAACCAAAAUCUAAUACUAAACUACGAACUAAUUUAUAAUUUAUAAACAUAAACGAAAAUUAAAUAAGCAUGCCCCGAUUACGAUUACGCUUGCUGGCGUGGAUGCCGCUGCUGCUGCUCGUUGCAGGAAGCGCUGCACAAGCCCACUUUGAGGAUGCGGAGAAAGCGAAUGACUACACGGAUCAACAGUUCGAUCUGCGUCACACGAUUCCCGGCGAACCAGGCAUCGAUUAUCCCAUACUGAGUGAGGUGCCCAAGACGAGCUUUGUGUGCAAGGGAAGACAUGAAGGUUACUAUGCGGAUGUGGAGAGUCGUUGCCAGGCAUUCCGCAUCUGCGCCCACACCGCACGCACCCCGCAAGGCUUCGGUUUCCUCUGCCCCAAUGGCACAGUGUUUAGUCAGCAGAAGUUUGUCUGCGACUGGUAUCGCAAUGUGGACUGUGAUCAAUCGGAGCGUUACUACGAUAUGAAUCUCGAUCACAGCGUGGGCAACACCCAGCAGAUGAUGGAACGUGUGCGUCAGAUGAUGGAGUACCCCACCAUGACCAUAACGAAGGCAUUGCAGCAGCAGCAGCAGGCGCCAAGGAACACACAUCAAACGCUGAGCAAGGAUCUGAGCAGCGUGAGUGGCGUUCUCACCCAACCAGCUGCCAUUAACAAUGGCAAGCCGGUCUUGCGUGGCGAGGACAUCAAGAGCGAACCUCUGCCGGCUCCAACACCAGCAGCAGUUGCGCCGCACGAUGACGAUGACAUCUAUGUAAAUAGCCUGGGUGAACUCUCCUCGGAUCCGGGCAUUCAGUUCGAUCACACCAAUGCGCACAUCAUUGCCGAGUAUCCACGUGAGUAUCACUUCCAAAAGCAAAAGAACUUUGCCGAGCGUGUCAAUGCAGGCUUAGAGGAGCUCGAGGACACACCAGCUGGCUCCCAGGAGCAAAUGGCCCCCGAGUACAUCAAGCAGAUACGCAACACCAAGGACGAGGCCACUCAACUUGAUCUGGUAUCGAAUAUCAACAAUCUGCUGGAGGAAGUCUCCACGGACUUGGAUCCCAGCGUGUCGGGCUAUCAGUCGAUGAGUCCGCAGAAGGUGAAGCAACCAUUUAGGUUCCUCAGUCGUGGUUUUGCCACGCAGAACAACGAGAAGGAUGCGGGAAAAGGAAAGUCACACUCAGCCUAUGUUUAUAACAGACCCAAACAGACGCCGGGCACAGUCAGAUUUACGCCCAAUGAGAUACCCAUUGAUGCUCACAAAGACACUGAACACAAGCUCAAAUUCAAUAAUGAAAAAACCACAAGCAGCACCACUUCCACAACCACUGAAGCUGUUCCCAUUGAAGAGGAAGCUUUGUUGAUUGCACCAGAAUUGCCACCAGCAUUCGAGUUGCCGCCAUCUUUGGAAGUGUCGCCGCCUUUCGAAGAUUCGCCAGCUUUCGAAGUGCCACUCGCAUUUGAGUUUGAUUCCACUUCAACCACCAGCACGACAGUUGAGCCACUUGGUCAGCUCAGCUACAGCAGCGAGGAGCCUGUGAUUGAGUCCAUUGGUCAAGCAGCUGCACUGACUGCUGGCCACAAUUUCUAUGAACAAGUGCAGCAGGAGAUUGCAGCACUCGAUCCACAAACUGCAGAGAAGACCGAUGUGCAUCUUCAAGCAGAGAAGCUGCUCUUAGCUGGCGUCAAGCUGACCUCACACGAUGAGGAGACUGCACUGCACACAAAUCGACUAACAGCUGGCAGGCCAGCAACAACAGCAACCACUACCAGUACCACCACUAGAACUACCGCAAGACCCACACCAACCAUGAUGACCUCAACGGAAACUGUCACGGAGAUUAGCAGCACACAGGAGCGCAUUCGUGGCUACAGACGUUUUGCACAGAAACGUGUUGGUAACAGCAAUUCAAUACUGCGUCGCACCACAACUCCAGCAACCAGCAGCAGCAACAAUAACCACAAAAGCAAAACCACCACAAAAACCACGGCCCGCAGCACGACGCCAACUCGCAGCUAUCUGGAACGCUUGGCAGCAAGUCGAUUGCGUUUGUCACGUCUGUCGCUGGCCAGCAAGUCAACAACACCAAGCAGCACAUCAACAGCAACAACAGCAGCUACAACCUCUAUUACCACUCAACGCACAACGGCUUCCCCUUUGUCGGCUGUGCGCGCUGGCGCCGACUUGGGACCCAAUAAGAAGGUAUCCGUGCGUCAUUUGGAUAGGGAGACGGCACAACCAAAAGCCAACUGGGAUACGGUGCAAAGCAACCUGCAACACUUCCAAGUGUCGCGCGGCAAUCGCGUCUACACGCCAGCAACACGUGCCAGCAGCAGCAGCACCACUACCACGAGUAGCAGCCAUCACAGCACCACCAGCAGCAGCAAUCACAUCAGCAGCAGACCAACAAUAGCGGCAACAGCGCAGCGUGGUCGUAAUCGUCAUGUGACGUAUCGCACACAAGCACCCCAGCAACAGCGCACACGCGGCACCACAACAACAACCACACCACGCAGCACAACAACAACUACACAGCGAACAACAGCUUCUGCUGCGUUGUCCACACUGUCACAACAAAUCUCGGCCAUUGCUUCGGGCUACUCUUACACUGCUCCCAACACCCACUUUAAUACACCCACAACAACCCAAACUCAAACUCAGUCACAAUCACACCAACAACAACAACCACAAACACAACAAUCACAACAAACAUUGCCACAACAACUGCAAACAGUGCAAUCCACUUCAAGCCUAUCCCCUUCCUCUGCCUUCCUGCCCUUUGAUAAGCUAACUCGCGCCAUUGUUGAUGAAUCGAUUUUACAGAACUUUAAGAGCAGCCAGCCACAGCGAGGCAGCGCCACUAGCAGCAUCCAGGAACAGCAGCAACAGCGCCAACAGCAGCAGCAAUUGCGCCAACAGCAACGUAACAAGCCAGCAACAACAAGUGUUGCCAGCAACAGCAACAACUACAACUAUGCCAAGCCGGCGGCAGCAGCAGCACCAGCGAUUGCUAGUCUGACCAUACCACAACGACCAGUUUCCCUACAACAGCAACAUCAGCAGCAACAGCAACAGCAACAACUGCCGCAAGUUUUGUUGCCCACGCAGCCAAGCAUUGUGAUUGCUCGCGCCGAGGGACAACGCAUUGCUCCAAACUCUCCAAGCAACAUUAUCAAUUCUCUCGUCAAUCAACCUCAACCAAAAGGCACACCAACCUCUUAUGUGGCACUAAGCGAUUUCUUGAACACUAAAUUUGGCAGCAGCAAUACCGAAGGUGCUACAACUAUGCAGCAACAGCAUGUGCAACAUCAUCAGCAACAACAGCAGCUGCGUCAGUCAGUUAAACAUCAACAUCAACAACAGCAGCAGCAACAACAGCAGCAGCAACAACAGCAGCAGCAACAUCAGCAGCAGCAGCAGCAACAUCAGCAGCAGCAGCAGCAACAUCAACAACAGCAGCAACAGCAUCAACAGCAGCAGCAACAGUUGAACUACAUAACGCAACAAUAUCAACAGCGCCAUCAGCAGACAGUGCCACAAACACAACAAUUGCAACCACAGCAACAACUGCAACACCAACAGCGCUAUCAACAACAGCAACAUUUCCACGUGCAGCAAACACAACAGCAACAAAUCACUUAUCAAACACAAUACCAACGUCCUUAUCAACAGCAGCAACCACAGCAGCCGCAGCCACAACAGCAACAACAGCAGCAACAACAACACUUCCAGCAGCAGCAAGUGCAGCGUCCCUCCAUUCAAUCCAAUCAACAACCUUAUCUGACGCCAAACAUCUUCGUGCCCUACCAGCAACAGCAGCAACAUUUACCCCUCUUCCCACCGCUAGCAGCAGCAGCUGCAGGUAAAUCGUCGCAUCUGACUGUCACACGAGGCCAACAGCAGGCGGAUCACUUGAAUGUGCUAUUGCCGGCAUUGCCCAACGGUCUGAUACCUGCACCAACUUUACAGGUGGCACAAAAGCGUAGCGACCUCAAAGUCAGCGAGUUACAGUUGACCAGCAGCAACAAGGAGAGCGGCAACAACAAGGACAUGGAUCAGGGGCAGGAGAUUGCCUUUUACUCUGGCCGCACAUCUUACCAGGUGCCGCAGAGCAGCGUUGGUCGUUUGCCGAAUGAUGUGACGCAUCUGCGGCGUCUGCGCCAGCGUCGUUAUUAAUGGAUGGAUUAAAGAUUUUAGUUGAAGUUGCAGCGGAUUAGACCCGAGUGAGAUUACUACUAGACGCAUAAGUUAUUAUUUAUAUACUACGCUUAAGUUAAUGCAAUUGUAAAAUAUACAAACUAUCCCUAGUAAUCAUUGGACGUUGUCGUUCCCAUCCCAGAACGAAACUGAGUUGUUUUGUCAAUCUUAAAUUAAUUAAAAUUAUAAAUAAUAUUUAUAAAUAAAACGACGAAUAUUUUGAA